GUUUUUCAUGAUCAAUGUACUACUAUACCAAGAGCACCUGAAGAGACAUUUCCAAUAGGAGUAAAAGAUCGACCGACAAAACUUUUAUCCAUUGGAAAUCAAUAUAGAAUUCACGCAUCAUCAUUAAGUUUCUGGCCUGUUGAUAUUAAAGUCCGUGAAAAAUUUAUUAACUUAUUCCGGGAUAGGCACUCUUCAGCUUCAGCAUUACAUGUUUUUGAAGACGACCUCUAUUUAAAUACUAUAAAUGAGCAGGAGUUAUUGAAAAUUUUUGCAGAUCGAGCCUAUAAUCCAGAUAAUGAAUUUUUAGUUCCAAGCACAAAAGAAAAUAAUGAUACAAAUUACAUUGUAAAUAGCGAGCUUGGCAUUUGUUCCUGUCCUGUUGGAAUGUCUGGUGCCCCCUGCAAGCACCAAGGGGCAGUUGCAGUGAAAUUUCAUGUUUCAAUAUUCAACUUCAUUCCGUUGUUAACACCAGAUGAUCGUGCAAUUUAUGCAUAUAUAGCACUUGGCUAUAUUACCCAGGAUAAAUUAUUUUAUGCAUCAUUAUAUGCACGGCCUAUAUUGCAAAAUCAAGAAAUUUUAUGCACUAAAGAUAAAGUAGAAAUAUUCAAUGAUUUAUUAAGAACCGAAUGGAA